UUGCCCCCCACCCGCACCGCACCGCACCGCCGCACCGCCCCGCGCCCUCGCCGCCGCCUCCUAGGGCGAGGGCGAGAGCGAGGAGCUCCUGUUCGUCGCCCCUCCCCCCACCACUCCGGUCCGCGGCGCGUCGGAAGUCAGGUAGAAGAUGGAGGGAGGUGGCAGAGACCCUCUUGGUGGUUACCGAAUUGGCAAAACCCUUGGGAUUGGAUCAUUCGGCAAAGUGAAGAUCGCUGAGCAUAUACUGACUGGCCACAAGGUAGCAAUCAAGAUCCUCAAUCGCCGUAAGAUCAAAAGCAUGGAGAUGGAAGAGAAAGUUAAAAGAGAAAUCAAGAUACUCAGAUUAUUUAUGCAUCCACACAUCAUUCGCCUUUAUGAGGUCAUAGAUACCCCUGCUGAUAUUUACGUUGUUAUGGAGUAUGUUAAAUCUGGAGAGUUGUUUGAUUACAUUGUUGAGAAGGGAAGACUGCAAGAGGAAGAAGCUCGGCGCUUUUUUCAGCAGAUCAUAUCUGGUGUGGAAUAUUGCCAUAGAAACAUGGUGGUUCAUCGUGAUCUAAAGCCAGAGAACCUUCUCUUGGACUCCAAAUGCAACGUUAAGAUUGCAGACUUUGGCUUAAGUAACGUUAUGCGUGAUGGUCACUUCCUGAAGACAAGUUGUGGUAGCCCAAAUUAUGCAGCACCUGAGGUGAUAUCAGGUAAACUAUAUGCUGGCCCUGAAGUAGAUGUGUGGAGCUGUGGUGUUAUUCUUUAUGCUCUUCUCUGUGGUACCCUUCCAUUUGAUGAUGAGAAUAUUCCCAACCUUUUUAAGAAAAUAAAGGGUGGGAUAUAUACCCUUCCCAGUCAUUUGUCACCUUUGGCAAGGGAUUUGAUUCCAAGAAUGCUUGUUGUUGAUCCCAUGAAGAGGAUCACCAUACGUGAGAUCCGUGAACAUCAGUGGUUCACAAUUGGUCUUCCGCGAUAUUUGGCUGUGCCUCCUCCUGACACUGCACAACAGGUUAAAAAGCUUGAUGAUGAAACUAUGAAUGAUGUUAUUAAAAUGGGGUUUGACAAGAAUCAGCUCAUUGAAUCACUUCACAAGAGGCUGCAAAACGAGGCGACAGUUGCCUACUAUUUACUAUUGGACAAUAGGCUUCGUACAACCAGCGGCUACCUUGGAGCUGAGUUCCAAGAAUCUAUUCAAUCUUCUCUCUCUCAAGUAACUUCAGCUGAGACACCAGGUUCUGCAGCUGAGCAUCGGCUGCAUGGGCAUAUGGAAUCUCCUGGGUUUGGCUUGAGGCACCAUUUUGCAGCUGACAGGAAAUGGGCCCUUGGUCUUCAGUCUCGAGCACAUCCACGAGAAAUAAUAACUGAAGUUCUUAAAGCUCUGCAAGAGCUAAAUGUUUGCUGGAAGAAGAUUGGACACUAUAACAUGAAAUGCAGAUGGACUCCUGGUUUUCCCAGCCAUGAAAGUAUGAUGCAUAGCAACCAUAGCUUCGGUGCAGAAUCUGCUAUAAUUGAAACUGAUGACAUCAGUGAGAAAUCGACCCACACAGUGAAGUUUGAAAUUCAGCUUUACAAAACAAGGGACGAAAAAUACCUUCUUGACUUGCAAAGGGUCAGCGGACCACAGCUUCUCUUUCUGGACCUGUGCUCUGCCUUUCUAACUCAGCUGAGAGUCCUUUGAUUAUGGUGUUUGCUUCCCAGUUGAACUCCCUGCAGCACCCUGUGGAUUGUCACGUUUCAUUUGAGAUAUGUACAUAAUGACCAUAAUCCUCCAGUAGAUAAUGUUCCUGGAGUGUGUAGACAAUAGAGGCUGCCAGUGAUGUAUUUUGACGGUAAUUGGCCAAACGAGAGGUAACAGGCAGGAGGCAACCUUUCACUGUUUUUGUAUUUGCCGUUGUUGUUGUUAUAUGACGGUUUAGUCUCAUCUAGAGUCCUUACCACUUUGCUUGUUUACGGUGAUCAUUACUAGCUUGAUGCCCAGCCUGAGAUUCACCUCUGUCGCUAUAAUGGAAGUUUAGCAGUUGCCAUACUAUUGUUGAUCCUGCAUUCCUUGAC